CAUUAACUGUUUGGAUGGUUAUACAGUUUUUGAUCGACGAUCGGAUGAACGGUUUUCCUCAGUUCUCACCUUCAAGACACAGUCAAAGCUGUAGCAUGUACAGCCGUUUUAACAUACUGUAUGUUCACCUUGUUUAACAUUAGACAGUUACUAUAUACCUCUGCCAGCUGAAUGGAAAAACGGAAUAAAAGACAGAGUUGCACUAAGACAGUGUCCUUUGACCUUUUGUUGCCUGCCUGGUGGUUUACCAUGGAAGGCUGCCAUGAGCAUCAGUCUGUCCAAAGCUCAAACUUCGGCACAGACAGUCUGACAAAACAGAUUUCUGCAUAGUCGAUGGGUAAAAGUCGAACUGCUGAGCUGCACAGCCCGAAGAAGACUCGUCUGCAGUAGAACAUGCAAUAGAGGACCCGGCUGCAGCAUCGUAUUCAUCAUCCCUGUCAACACACACAGUCCAUUGCCCCUGACAUGGCCUCCUCCCCUGGGCUGGAUGCGGACCCGUUGCCACUGAUUCAGCUCCAGGAGGUGGACUCCAGUAAAAUCUCAGAGAGGCCGAGCUCCCCGGGGUUCCUGCCCACUGUGUACAGCCCUCCACUGGGCAUCGACAACCACACCGUCUGCAUUCCCUCUCCGUACACGGACAGUAGCCAUGAAUACAACCGCGGACAUGGACCUCUGACUUUCUACAGCCCGCCUGUGCUGAACUACACCAGACCGACCAUCAGUGAUAGCCAGUCAUCUCUGUGCCCCCCCCUCAGUCCCUCAGCCUUUUGGCCCUCCCAUAAUCACACCAACGUGCCUUCGCUGACUCUGCGCUGCCCCCAGCCUUAUGUCUACAACGAACCCAGCCCACAUGCACCCUGGUUGGAGCCCAAAAGCCACAGCAUCACCCCCGGCAGAGUCCGCGUUUCCCCUUGCAGCUCCAUCAUCAGCUGUAACAAGAUGGUGGGGAAGAGAUUAGAGGAAGGAGUGGAGGGAGUGAACUCUUCCUCGUGUGCAUCAGCAGUAGGGAAAGCCGACAUGCACUUCUGUGCCGUGUGCCAUGACUACGCCUCGGGGUACCACUAUGGCGUGUGGUCCUGCGAGGGCUGCAAGGCCUUUUUCAAGAGGAGUAUCCAAGGACACAACGACUACAUCUGCCCCGCCACAAAUCAGUGCACUAUCGACAAGAACCGACGUAAAAGCUGCCAGGCCUGCCGCCUACGUAAAUGCUACGAAGUGGGCAUGAUGAAAUGCGGUAUGAGACGUGAACGCUGCAGCUAUCGGGGAGCUCGACAUCGCCGUGGUGGACUUCAGCCUCGGGACCCAGCAGGAAGGGGCCUGGUCAGGGUGGGGCUCGGUUCUCGAGCUCAGCGGCAUCUCCACAUAGAGGUGCCUCUCGCCCCCCUCCCUCAGGUGAACCACACACACCACUCGGCCAUGAGCCCGGAGGAGUUCAUCUCCCGCAUCAUGGAGGCAGAGCCUCCAGAGAUCUACCUCAUGGAGGACCCGAAGAAGCCCUUCACCGAGGCCAGCAUGAUGAUGUCCCUCACCAACCUGGCAGACAAGGAACUGGUCCUCAUGAUCAGCUGGGCUAAAAAGAUUCCUGGCUUUUUAGAGCUGAGUCUAGCAGAUCAGAUCCACCUGCUGAAGUGCUGCUGGCUGGAGAUUCUGAUGCUGGGCCUGAUGUGGAGGUCGGUGGACCAUCCUGGAAAACUCAUCUUCUCCCCUGACUUCAAGCUCAACAGGGAGGAGGGACAGUGUGUGGAGGGCAUCAUGGAGAUUUUCGACAUGCUGCUGGCAGCCACCGCUCGCUUCCGCGAGCUGAAGCUUCGGAGGGAGGAGUACGUCUGCCUGAAGGCCAUGAUCCUCCUCAACUCCAAUCUGUGCACGACUCCCCCUCAGACGGCCGAGGAGCUGGAGAGCAGGAGCAAGCUGCUGCGUCUGCUGGACUCGGUGAUCGACGCUUUGGUCUGGGCCAUUUCCAAACUGGGCCUGUCGACCCAGCAGCAGACCCUGCGCCUCGGACACCUCACCAUGCUGCUCUCCCACAUCCGCCACGUCAGUAACAAAGGCAUGGACCACCUUUCCACCAUGAAGAGGAAGAAUGUGGUGCUGGUGUACGACCUCCUCCUGGAGAUGUUGGACGCCAACACAGCCGCCGCCAGCAGCCGCAGCAGCGGCAGCAACGGCGGCGGCAGCAGCAGCAGCAGCAGCAGCCAAAUGUCGUCCUCGCCGAACUCUGACAUUUACUCCGACCAGCACCAAUACCCGCCACCUCCGUCCCACCUGCAGCCUGACCCGGACCAGACCACCUCCCCCACCACUGUGCCUCCACGCGGACCGGCCGAAACUCCCACCCCGGUGCAUGGUGUGGUGGUGGCUCACAUGGACGGCGACGAUUACAUCCACCCGGAGCAGUGGUCACCGGAAGCGCUGGACCGGGGUCCCUCGGGGGAUCCAACACACUGCGUCAUGCCUGAGCCGGUUAUCUUGUUAACCAACCUGGAGGGGUGACGGGACUGAGAGAGGCAAACUGAGACUGAGCCUUGGCGGCUUUGCGUCCCCCAAAGACCCAAAAAAACAAAAAAACAAAACAAAACAAAAAAAGGCUUAAAAAAACCCCCAAAAAACCCCAAACAAAACAUGAAGUGCUGUUGUGAGGUAAAGCUCUUUUUCUCCUGUUGAGAUGUUUUUAGUCUUUGGGGAAAGAAGCGUUUUUGAUCGACUGUAUAUUUUGUGUGCGUAAGUAUUUCUCGUGAAUGUGCACUACGGCAGGUGUUCCUGGGAACAUCGCUGAACCUCUGCCAGUCAGUCAGUCGUGCUCUUUUUUGAUAUGCGGUAUUUGUAUCUCUCUUUUUCACCUCGGUGUCACGUCCAGAGCGAGCCGUGGACAAACCAUCCGCAGUGACGUGCAUGUGGUCAACACAGUGAAUGUCCGUCUCCAUAAGGGUCGUCAGUCAUGGGGCUAGAGACGGGCCGUGUUUCCUAUCACGACGUGGUGUCGUUUUGUUUCCUUUUUUUCCUGCCUCUCCGUCACUACUACGGUCUAGUCUGGUGUUUUGAUCCGUGCCUGUUCAUCCAAGGUUUUUCUACUCUCUUUCUACAAACCACAAGUGUCCGCGGCGUCGAGAGGCAGCGGUUUGUGGCCUUCUAACGAAACGACUGUUGAAAUGGCUUUCUCCUCUGUUCACCUGGUCAAAACUCAGGCUGAGUUUACACGGCAGGACGUGGCACAGCUCUGUUAUUUUUAUUUUAUUUGGACUGUGAGAAUUCAGUCCAGCGCACCAGCAAAACUGAGAGAACACGGUCCAAUUCAGCACAAUACACUUUAGUUGAUGACACGAUCGCUGAAACUGACGGCCUACUUGAAAAGAUAAAGUUUACGGGUUAAGUGUUAAUUAAUUACCCGGCUAACGGUGCAGGUUGUAAUUCUAACGUGUUAAACGUUACAUUGCUAAUUGCUCACGCGUUGACCUGCCGACCCCUCUGUGUAUAAGCCGUAUGUUAAGGACCUGUAGUGAGCGACGUUGCUUAUGUCCAAGCGGAAUUGAAUAAGUUGGCACCUGCAAAACGGAGGAAAACCUAAUGCUUCUUUACUGUAUGGAUGCUUCAUGUUAUACACGUAAAGUUGAGGACACGUGUAAAAACCGGUAAUUUAAGUUCUGUCGGCCUAAGCUGAACCUUUUAAAAGUAAUAUUGUGCUAAUGCUAACAUAUUAUAUGUAUACAAUACACGGUAAUGUUAUGGAAGGUCAUUCAAAAGUUAAAGCUAGUAAGUGGACUUUGAGUUGACCUGUCUAAAGCUAGUGACUGAAUUUCUUUUAGCCUGAACUUUAGUCCCGAUCGUGCCAAAUGCUGGCACAUUACCAUGCCAACUACUACAUGCCAAAUAUUAGCAUAUUACCGUCGCUAACCAUACACAAGUUGACAUGCUAAAAAAAAAAAAGCUAAGCUGCUAAAUUUAUACUAAAUAUUAGCACGUUUCAAACUGUUAAAACAUUUCUGUAUUGAUAUUUAGCAGCGAUUUAAAAUUUUGCAACAAGUUAGGCACGUGAAGAUAAAUCAAUGUUUGUUUUUGUUUUAACCUGAACUUCAUCAGUGUGCUAUUAUCAAUCUACUCACCCAGCGAAUGCAGUGCCCUUUCAAAACAAUGUAAACGCAGUAAAAUCAGCCAUUGCUCACGUGUGUAGAUAUUUUUAAUGCUUGUUUUGGACUCGCCUGUUGAGCUUUUUUCCCCCACAGCGGCCAGUUUAAACUCACAUCACACCAGCUGUAGGCGGCCAGUUCAUCAUGGUAUACCUUAGCGCAGAUAGUGACCACUGCAAACUAUUAUUUUCUCCAAAUAUAUUGAAUUCAAAACACACUUAGUGUUGUACAGUAUAUACUGUAUCCCUAACACUGAUGAGCAUUCCCUUUUUGUUAAGUGGUGAUUUAGGAAUUAAAGCUAAUCCUGCUGUGGUUCUUACAGUAGUUGACCUCGACAAAGUGCCUCAGUAAAAUGACUAAACAGAGGGAAAAAAAUGUGCCUGCAUAUUCAUAUUUGGUUUGUUUAGGUUCAGUUUUGCCUAUAAAAAAAUAUAUCCAGGCCCGUAAAUGGACAGAGUCUUGGAAGCCUCUUAUCCGACCACGUUACUUAGCACGAUGGAGCCAUCAGUGGUUCUUCCCCACUGAAUAAGCUGAAUGUGAGCGUCCUUCCAGAACUUGCCUGUUUUGUUAUUCUUGGCCUUCUCUAGGUUUGAGGAACUGUUGGCUUUAGGUCCUUAAACAAUUUGUCUUCUUACACAUGUAAAACCUCAUCCCUCGGGCUUGUUAGUUGUGGUUUCUUUGGACGAUGUUCUCAUCAACCACAACCACGGUUCUGUUGGAAGAGCAGCAGUUAAGUCACUUGGUAUGAUCCAAGUUCAAACAAACAGAGGAAUAAAUGCCGGAGAAAUUUGGAUGAACUGCCCCGAACGCACUAUUAAGAUGCUUUUUGGACAUAGUCGUGAGCUGUGCCACUUUUCUGCCGGUGUCAAUUCAGCCUUCGUGCCAGAUUGUCCACUGGUAAUAGACAGAUACAUGUUCACUAUCCUUUAUGUCCUGAUGUCUGUGGCUUGUACGUGCAUGAACACACACACACACACACACACACACACAAACAACAAAUCAGAUGACGAAAAUAUGUCUCUUGCCGGUUUUGUGCGCAACACACACAUUCACACCCCAGGCCUGGUUGAAUUCUUUGCCCUUUCAAACCUUUCAGCUCAGCCAGGAUCUUUCUCUGACCCGGCGAUACAGUCGACGUACAGCAGCAAGUCAUGGCAAACACAGUUUAUUGUCAAUCAACGACGACAAUCUACACAUCCGAUAAAUAAGUGUUCACAAAAUAAAUCAAACUUUACACACGUUUUUCUGUUGUUUUUUGUUUCUCUUCUGUUGGCCCUCUGAGCGGAGCGUGAGGCGGAGGUUGUGUCCAAAGUAGGAUCAAACUCUUGAGUUUCAAAGCAAGUGACACAAAAUCCUCUCUGUAAUAUUCAUAUUAACACAGUAAAUUAGCAACAUGUAAUGAUCUUUGAUUGUGCAUGUACACAGCUACAUUCAGUGCCCUAAGAGUCACUUACAUUCAUGUUCUACUCCAAGUCUGGCGUGUUACAGAUUUUCACACCAGUCCUUCAACUGCAUUGAAGAAGAGUGUUUCGAAGCAGCGUUCAGGUAAAUCCCACAUGUACAUCACCGACAACAAAACGUAUCCUUGAGAUAAUUCUUUGUUUUAACCUGUUUAAUGCCUGCAGGGCCUUACGUCGGGGGGGCCAACGCGGAGAACACUGGGUAAGUUCUGAACAACCUCAAAUUGUUCUUAAAGAGGUAUAGUUUAGAGUCUCCGAUGACGUUGUAGCUGUGCGUUCUCUGUUAAACAGCUGAAUGGCAGCGUUGGCGUGUGUGAGUACUGCUGGUAACUUCUUGACACUGGUCUCCAAGCCAGAGGUAAAACUGCUGCAUCAAUGUCAACCCAAAAAAAAAAAAAAAAAAUCCCUUUAAAGCCUCAUUAAGCGGUAUCUUUUCAAAUCAACUCCCAACGCUGUAGCCACACAGAGCUUUUAGACACCAGUCUUUGUUUUGCGGCUGAACGUAGCUCGGAUGGGUGAAUAGCCAGUCCAAGCGUAGCUCCCUGUCCCAGCACCAAAAGGCAGAUGACCAGACUUAGCUACUAGUGAAGAGAGCGGAACAUCGGUCUUAAGAGCCAGAUGUUUUUUUUUUCAGGAAUUAGAGACCAUGACUCCAGCAGGAUGAUAAUGUUGCUCUGUGUCUGCUAAAGAGGCUUUUAUGCCACUAGGUUAGCUAAAAGCACUUGAUUAGCUAUUGCCAGAUCACAGUUGUGUUUAGAGGCUUUCUGCCCCCAAGUGGUCAAAAACAAAAAUCGCUUAAUGCAGCUCUAAUCUGAGGAUCUGCGCCUCUUUGCAAAACAACUUCCCAACCACCUGCUGUAAAGUUUAGAGGGUCAUAGGAAAAUGUGUCGGGUCAUUUAGAAAGGGAGCGCCGAGCUUCAUCUUUAUGGCCACCACAGCAAUAGGAUUGUGAAAUUCUUUUAUGUUGUGUGGUUGUGGCACUCAAACUGUUGCCCCGUGUGCAGUUCAUCUGAUAAGCCCUCGGUGCCACACUCAAACACGCAUUCAUACACAAAAGCAAUCAUUGAUUUACCUGUUUCUAUCUCAGUAGUUUGCCUUAUAUACAAACUUUAAUUAAUGACGCCAUUAAAAAGUCCAUUGUUAUCUGAACUGUUAUAUUUCUGUUGGCUAAAGAAAGGCAUGUCUGCAGAGGAGUCACUGCCAUCGUUUGGAAAAAAAAAAAAAAAAAGUCAUAGCUAACGUAUCUUAAAUACCUUAAACAACAACACACCUUUCAUUUCUGUACAAAAUGUGCUAUCAACAAGUGGCUUCCUUCUAUGAAAAACAGUUCAAAUAGCUGCAGUGGUAGAAAAUGGCUGCCGUACUUCUCGGCUUCUGGAUGCUUUGGUAAUAACUGUCCUUCAAAUUCGAUACCACAGGCUGUUGUGAACGUACAAAAUAUAGAUAUCAAAAUAAAUCUUCAGAGUUUUUUUUUUUUGUUCCUUUGCACCGUAUAUUGAAGAUGUUCGAUGGGGACGUUA